AGUGAGAGAGAGUGGCCUCCUGCGUACACUACUUGGCAUAACAACCAAUCUCCACAGCAGCAUUGCGAUCUGCGGGUCCGCGGCGGCGCCGGCCAUGCAGCAAGAGCUUGCCGCCCUGGCGUACCAGUCGGCCGGUUUCGUCGGCCUCCCCACGUCCUACCUGCCGCCGCACCCGCACGACGUCGAUGUCGACCUCGUCGACGGGUGGUUGGUCGGCGGCAGCGCCGGGGCUGGCGACAAUGGCCACGGCCCGCCGUCGUGCGGCAGCGGCCUGAGCCACGUCGCCGGCGCCGCCGCGGCAGUGAGCGAGACGAGGAAGGCGAGGCGGCUGGCGUCGAACCGCGAGUCGGCGCGGCGGUCGCGGAUGCGGCGCCGGAGGCAGCUGGACGAGCUGUCGGCGUGCGCCGCGGAGCUGCGCGCGGCCAACCAGCGGCUCGUCGUGGAGCUCAACCGCGCCGAGGCCAGGCACGCGCAGGUGGCCCGGGAGAACGCGCGGCUCCGGGAGGAGCUGCGCCGCCUGCGGGAGAGGCUCGCCGCCGAGGAGGAGACCACCGAUCGAGACGCCGGCGACGAGGCCGCUGCCGCAAGAACGCCGUAGGAUCCGUACGUACGUACGCAUGUGCUCGCGAUCGUAGUCUAUAUACACUAGGACGAUGAUAUAUGCCAUCACCAUGAGGAGAUUAACUAUCGGACGUGUGAAUAUUAUGUAGCUCGAUUGUGUUUUCAUUGAUCGGGCUCUUGGGA